CCCUUUCGGCCUUGGCCUUGGCGCGCCCCAUGUCCCACCGCGGGAGCAGCACUCGUGAGAUCCCUCCAGUGAGGCCAUGGUGCUCGAGGGCACCUACAGCCUGACGUUAGAGACAGCAGGAGCGCCGAGUUCCUUUGACGGAACACUCCCCGAAGGUUUCACAAUCACAGACGCAGCGCCCGUGACGGUCGCAGCAGUGACGAGGGGUGGCUGGGCAGAAGAGCAUGGGGUGCUGCCAGGUGAUGAGAUCUUGGAGUUGGGCGGAGAGAAGGUGUCCAUAAAACCCUCCGCCGCUUGGAGCUCCUGGACCGCACGGCCUUUGGUGCUCAAGCUGCGGCGGGUGGAGGUCCAGGCCCAGGACUUUGACGAAUCCAAGGAGCUUGGGCCCAUCUACCGCAUUUGGGCCUCGAAGGAGGUGACCAAGAUGGGUAUUCGACCCGCUCGGGAGCCACCACACGAGCGAGUGCAGAUCCUCGCAGUGACGCCCGGCAGCUGGGCGGAGCGGGAGGAGGUCAAAGUGGCCGAUCAUCUUCUCAUGAUCAACCAGCAGCACACCACCACCUUGCCGCGCGAUGAAUACCAUCGCCUCAUGUCCUCCGUCCGACCAUUGCUCUUCACUCUGGCCCGGUGUAGUGAGGAGCAGAAGCGCGAAGUGGCGGCCACGCGAAUGCAGUUGCUGUACCGCAUGAGGAAGGCCCGGAAAGAGUUGAAGCUGAAGAAAGCCGCGCGGGAGCAGAGCUCCACCAGUCCGGGCGACUUCUUUCCGGCAGCUACCGCAGGCCGAAGCUCAGUUCAUCCCAGGACCGAUGAGGUGGCAUCGACAGGUCCACAGGCUGCCACCGUCACCCACACGGGUCCUGCACCUGGCGCUGCGCCAGCUGCAGUGUCACCGGGUCCUGCGCUUGCGCCAGCGUCGGUGCCCGCUAAGGAGGCCACGCCUGCUGAACGCCCGGAGGCAGCAAGCGCGCCGCCAAGCGCGCCGCCAAGCGCGCCGCCAAGCGCGCCACAGGCAGCGCAGAUCAAGAGGGCUCCAAAGGCUGAAGAGGCCUUGCAAGCUGGGCGGCAGGCAGCUGCAUCGGCUAAGUGCCGGUCGGAAGCAGCUCUGUUGGCCGGCCUGGCCACUGAGAAGGCGGCCAAUGAGUUGGGCCUGCCAGCUUGGGAGGCGGACGAGCUCUCCGCCUUGAUCGCUGGUGAGGUGACCUUCGAUGCUUGUGUGAACGAGAAGAUGUCCCCAGAGCUGUUGGCAGUCGAAGUCGGCAAGGCCACUCAUGCAGCUGCCCUGGCGGCUGGCAUGGUGACACAGAAGGCAGCAGAGAUGGCGGCUGCAGCCGUGGCUGUGGCUGCAGCCUAG